AUGUACAAAAGUGUUAGUGAAACAGAAAAAAACAAUAUUUAUGGGUUUGGACCCAAAAUUGGGUUAAAUACGCCAGUGAAUAUUGUUUCCUGCAGGAUGCUGUGGUGGCUGUUGCUGGGCCUGUGUUCCGCCAGUAGCGUCGCCCUCUGCCCGUCUAUGUGCCAGUGCGGCGUGACGUCGAAGGGCCGCCGAAAAGUACAGUGCGUAGAGGGCGGCAUGGUGGACCCUAUCCCCACCAACGAGAUGGACGCCGGCACCGAAGUGUUGGAGAUUUCGGCGCCGGUCGGCGACUGGAACUCGCUAAGCAUCUCGCCGACCUUCCAGCACUUCAAGCGCCUCGAGGAGAUCCACAUCCGGCGCUCCGGUCUCACCCAGAUCGGGAUGCACCCCUUCUGGGGCGUGCCCUCGCUCAAACUGCUCGAUCUGGCGGUGAAUAAUAUCAGUGGUGUGGCCGAUCAUAACUUCCGCGGCUUGGUGAAUCUAGUGGAGUUGAAUUUGGACGAUAACAGAAUAACAAGUUUGCAAAACGGAGUUUUUAAGCAUUUGACCGAGCUAAGGAUAUUGACUCUGCAGAGGAAUUUCCUCGACGAAUUAGUGCCUCGGCUGUUUUUAAAACUCGGAAAACUUCACGUGCUCAAACUUAGCGGGAAUAAAUUCGAUGAACUUAAUCCAGAAGUGUUCAAGGAUAUUCCAGAAUUACGCGUCCUGGAAUGUCGCGACUGCGGCCUCCGCCGCAUCAACACCCAAAUCUACCACUUGCUGCCUUAUUUAUCCCACCUGGAUCUGGGCGACAACCAGAUGCAGUUCAUUGCUUCGGACGAAUUCCGCGACUUGAAGCGUCUCCACAGUCUGAAACUCGACGGAAACCAGCUUCCGGUUGUGCUAGAGCAGACUUUCGUGCGCCAACAAGAACUAAAAUAUCUGUGUUUGGCUCGCAAUCGCUUGGCUAAAAUCACCAACACGGCCUUCGUGAACCUCUCAAAUCUUGUUGAUUUGGAUAUUGGGUACAAUAAGCUGGACCGGCUGGAAAUGGUGGCCCUCCAAGACAUCUCCGACACCCUCCAACGACUUGUAAUCAGCGGAAAUGCGUUCGGUUUUAAUGUGAUACGAAAUAUUUUGAAUACGGUUUUCAACGUGCGUGAGUUGGGGGUGGCUCAUAUGAACCUGCGGCAGAUUCCGAAAGGGUUUUUUCCGGACCGAAUCCGGAAAUUAAACAUUUCGGCGAAUAAUUUGACCGAGAUUGAUCCCGGGUGUCUUCCUCGGCAGCUGCUCGAGCUUGAUUUAAGUCACAAUAGCUUGCAGCGUCUUUCCGAAAGCCUCAUUUUUAAGCUCGAGGAUUUACAUUCAGUGUCUCUCGUUUCUAACCCCUGGUCGUGUCGAGUGUGCGAUUUAAGCUCUAUAAUUUUCCGCUUAAACCGCACUAAUCUAUUCAGGAACGUCACGUGUGCCUCGCCGAAGCCGGUCCAAGGACGCGAAAUCUCCACUUUGCACCUAGAGGAUCUCCCCGGGUGCAAGCCCCCCUCGCAGGACUCUACUAAAACCGGGAGACUAGGCCUUGUGGUCGGGUUUGCGAGUCUCGCUUCGUUUUCUUUGGUUUGUGUUACAUUUGCGGUGUGUUCGUGCAUGCGACGACGUGCUCGGGACGCCGUCCGCGAACAGAAACGCUUGGCGGAGCUCCAGGAGAAUUCCCUAGAUCGGCCUAUUGCGAUUUUCGCCAAGGGCGAGAUCAGCUUCAAGUUUCCGCUGGAUUUGACCGAAAGGAAAGUGGAAGUUUCGACGAUCGACGAGAUCAAGAAAGAUACACAGAGUUUACCGAACGGAACGGGAAUUUGA